AUGGACGAAGUGGAAGGGCAAGCGGCAGCACGGAUACAGGCAGUGCAGCGAGGGCGACUUGCUCGAUUUUCUGCUGAUCGACGAAGACGGAGCCUCGUCCGCAGAGAAGCCACGGCACGAUGGGAAAGGGAGCAAGCCGUGAUAAAGAUACAGUUAUGCCUCGCAUUCCAGGCUGCAUGCCGAGGUACAAGAGGCCGCGAGGAAACAGCACUUUACCGAGAGCAGCAGGCAGCGGCAUCUAAGAUUCAGGCAAGGAUUCGUGGGGAUAAAGCAAGGAAGGAUUUCAACCGAAAGUCACCAGGAGGACUACCACUUGAUCGAGCAGACAUAAAAAAAGGUCUUCACACCCUCGGACGCAACCCGCAUGAUUUGCGUCUGUGUUACAUCGGAUUGAUGGCAGCGAACGCAGGGGUUUCCAACAUCAACUCUAUCGUCGAAUUUCCUUUGCUCCAAACGGUGGAUCUGAGUGGAAACUGUAUAUCCAGCACGAAGCCCCUGUCGAGGCUGCCCUUCUUACACGACCUCGACAUAUCUCACAACUGCCUGACCAGCAUCGACAGCCUGAGAGAUUUGUCGCACCAUCGAAACCUCCAACACCUCGACCUAAGCCAUAACGCUAUCGAAGUGCUGGAAGGACUAUCAGCUCUCAAGUGCCUUCGAACUUUAAGGAUGAACAACAACAAGAUACGCCGGAUCGAGGGACUCGAAGCAUAG